AUGGCUGGGAUUUUCUAUUUCAUCCUCUUUUCGUUUCUCUUUGGAAUUUGCGACGCUGUCACCGGUUCUAGGGUAUACCCCGCGAAUGAAGUUACUUUAUUGGAUUCCAGAUCUGUUCAGGGAGAGCUUGGGUGGAUAGCAAGCCCUCUGGAAGGAGGGUGGGAGGAAGUGAGCAUUAUGGAUGAGAAAAAUACACCGAUCCGAACCUAUCAGGUGUGCAAUGUGAUGGAAGCCAGCCAGAACAACUGGCUGCGAACUGAUUGGAUCACCCGAGAAGGGGCGCAGAGGGUGUACAUUGAAAUUAAGUUCACUCUGAGGGACUGCAACAGUCUUCCGGGCGUCAUGGGGACUUGCAAGGAGACAUUUAACCUCUACUACUAUGAAUCGGACAACGACAAGGAGCGCUUCAUCAGAGAGAGCCAGUUCGGCAAGAUCGACACCAUCGCAGCCGAUGAGAGCUUCACGCAGGUGGACAUUGGUGACAGAAUCAUGAAGCUCAACACCGAGAUCCGGGAUGUUGGGCCACUGAGCAAGAAGGGGUUUUACCUGGCUUUUCAGGAUGUGGGUGCUUGCAUCGCCCUGGUGUCUGUCCGUGUGUUCUACAAGAAGUGUCCACUCACCGUUCGAAAUCUAGCCCAGUUUCCCGAUACCAUCACUGGGGCUGAUACUUCUUCCCUGGUGGAAGUUCGAGGCUCCUGUGUCAACAACUCAGAAGAGAAGGAUGUGCCAAAAAUGUACUGUGGGGCAGAUGGUGAAUGGCUGGUACCCAUUGGCAACUGCCUAUGCAAUGCUGGGCAUGAGGAACAGAAUGGUGAAUGCCAAGCUUGCAAAAUUGGAUAUUACAAAGCUCUUUCCACGGACGCCACCUGUGCCAAGUGUCCACCGCACAGCUACUCUGUCUGGGAAGGAGCCACGUCCUGCACCUGUGACCGAGGCUUUUUCAGAGCUGACAGUGAUGCUGCCUCUAUGCCCUGCACCCGCCCACCAUCUGCUCCCCUCAACCUGAUUUCUAAUGUCAAUGAGACGUCGGUGAACUUGGAGUGGAGCAGUCCUCAGAACACAGGUGGCCGUCAGGACAUCUCUUACAAUGUGGUCUGCAAGAAAUGUGGAGCUGGCGAUCCCAGCAAGUGUCGGCCCUGUGGAAGUGGAGUCCACUACACGCCACAGCAGAACGGGCUCAAGACAACCAGGGUCUCCAUCACUGACCUCCUAGCACACACCAAUUACACGUUUGAGAUCUGGGCAGUGAAUGGAGUAUCUAAGUAUAACCCUAGCCCGGACCAGUCAGUGUCUGUCACAGUGACAACCAACCAAGCAGCACCAUCAUCCAUUGCUUUGGUCCAGGCUAAAGAAGUUACAAGAUACAGUGUGGCGCUGGCUUGGCUGGAACCCGAUCGACCAAAUGGAGUCAUCUUAGAAUAUGAAGUCAAAUAUUAUGAAAAGGAUCAGAAUGAACGAAGCUAUCGCAUAGUUCGGACAGCUGCCAGGAACACAGAUAUCAAAGGCCUGAACCCGCUGACUUCCUAUGUUUUCCACGUGCGAGCCAGGACUGCCGCCGGCUAUGGAGACUUCAGCGAGCCCUUGGAAGUCACUACCAAUACAGUGCCUUCCCGGAUCAUUGGGGAUGGAGCCAACUCCACUGUCCUGCUGGUCUCCGUCUCUGGCAGUGUGGUGCUCGUGGUCAUCCUCAUUGCAGCUUUUGUGAUCAGCCGAAGACGGAGUAAGUACAGCAAAGCGAAACAAGAAGCAGAUGAAGAGAAACAUUUGAAUCAAGGUGUUAGAACGUAUGUGGAUCCUUUCACAUAUGAAGACCCCAACCAGGCAGUCCGAGAAUUUGCCAAAGAAAUCGAUGCAUCCUGCAUUAAAAUUGAAAAGGUCAUAGGAGUUGGCGAAUUUGGAGAAGUCUGCAGUGGGCGUCUCAAAGUGCCCGGCAAGAGAGAGAUCUGUGUGGCCAUCAAGACUCUGAAAGCUGGUUAUACUGACAAGCAGAGAAGAGACUUCCUGAGUGAGGCCAGCAUCAUGGGACAGUUUGACCACCCAAACAUAAUCCACCUGGAAGGCGUUGUCACCAAAUGUAAACCGGUAAUGAUCAUAACGGAGUACAUGGAGAACGGCUCCUUGGAUGCUUUCCUCAGGAAGAAUGAUGGUCGAUUCACAGUCAUUCAGUUGGUGGGCAUGCUCCGUGGCAUUGGCUCGGGGAUGAAGUAUUUAUCUGAUAUGAGUUAUGUGCAUCGAGACCUGGCUGCCAGGAACAUCCUGGUAAACAGCAACUUGGUCUGCAAGGUGUCUGAUUUUGGCAUGUCCAGGGUGCUUGAGGAUGAUCCUGAAGCAGCCUAUACUACCAGGGGUGGCAAGAUUCCUAUCCGGUGGACUGCGCCAGAAGCAAUUGCAUAUCGUAAAUUUACCUCAGCCAGUGAUGUCUGGAGCUACGGAAUCGUUAUGUGGGAAGUGAUGUCAUAUGGAGAGAGACCGUACUGGGAUAUGUCCAAUCAAGAUGUGAUCAAAGCCAUUGAGGAAGGGUACCGGCUACCCCCUCCAAUGGACUGCCCCAUUGCCCUUCAUCAGUUAAUGCUGGACUGCUGGCAGAAAGAGAGAAGCGACAGGCCUAAAUUUGGGCAGAUCGUCAACAUGUUGGACAAACUCAUCCGCAACCCCAACAGCCUGAAGAGGACAGGGCCAGAGAGUUCCAGACCAAACACAGCCUUGUUAGACCCCAGCUCCCCUGAAUUCUCUGCCGUAGUUUCAGUGGGCGACUGGCUGCAGGCUAUCAAAAUGGACCGGUAUAAGGACAACUUCACGGCCGCCGGGUACACAACCCUAGAAGCUGUGGUUCACAUGAGCCAGGAUGACCUGGCGAGAAUUGGCAUCACUGCAAUCACGCACCAGAAUAAGAUUUUGAGCAGCGUCCAGGCGAUGCGAACCCAGAUGCAGCAGAUGCAUGGCAGGAUGGUUCCUGUCUGAGCCAGUAUCGAAUAGACUCAAAACUCUCGAAUAGUUUACCUCAUCCAUGCACUUUAAUU